ACCCGCCCAAACCCUCUCAAUAUGGCUGGCGCAAGUGAUAAGGCCAGAUUCUACCUGGAGCGAGCAGUCCCGCAGCUCCAGGAGUUCGAGCAGAAGAAGAUCUUCACCCCGGAGGAGAUCAGAACUCUCGUGAAGAAGAGAUCCGAUUUCGAGCACAAGGUCCUCGCCCGGGGUUCGACGCCUGUUGAUUUUGCUCGGUACGCAGCUUGGGAGAUCAGUCUGGAACAUCUCCGCCAGAAACGAUGCAAGCGAUUACGGAUCAAAGGCAGCUCUUCGCACGCUGGCCAGGCGCGCAUCUUCAAUAUACUCGAUCGGGGAACGAGGAAGCAUCCUGGGGAUGUGGCGCUAUGGAUGACGUAUCUGGAAUACGCCAGGAAGGCAAAGGCCACGAAUAAAUUCAAGACGGUCUUGACUGCUGUGAUCCGGCUGCAUCCUACAAAAGCAGAAUUGUGGCUCUACGCGGCGCGGUGGACACUGGAACUCGAUGCCGAUAUGAACGGGGCGCGGAGUUAUAUGCAGAGGGGGACGAGAUUCUGCACGCACAGUAAGGACCUGUGGAUCGAGUACGCAAAGCUGGAGAUGAUCUGGCUUGCUAAGAUUGCCCUGCGGAGAAGGAUUCUGGGGCUCGAUAUCGACAGGUCGAUCGAGGCUGCAGAUGGGGAAGACGAUGGAGCGGCUGAUAAUACGGGCUUCGAGACGUCGGCGGACAUGAUCGCCAUCCCCGACUUCAAGACUGAUACCCUGCGACCGAGCAUGGUCGAAAAGGUCGAGGUCGACUCGGAAGCCAAGAAGGAUCCCAUGGAGACGCCUGCUCUUAACGGAGCCAUUCCCCUUGCCAUAUUUGACGCAGCCCGCAAGCAACCCUUCUUCAAUGCCUCGGCCGCAGCAGACUUCUUCAACAUGUUCGCAGCCUUCACGCAGGUGAGAUGCCUGCCCAAGGUCCUGCAGCACGUUCUCGAUAGCAUGCUGGAAUCCUACUCGACGGACCCUCACGCCCUGGAUUGCUACAUCCGACAGCCCUGUACCGGCAUCGACCCCACCUCAGCCUCAUUCCCGAUGGCCCUCGCAUCCGCGCUAGACCGGCUCAAGGAAUCGAUGGAGAAGACGAAGGACAGGGCCGAGUUAUCAAAGAAGAUAAGGAGAUGGAUCGAGCCUAUAUUAGCACGCAAGGAGUUGGACCCAGGCGUCCAGACAGUGCUGAGACACACGCUACGGAAGCUGGAGACAUGAACAAUUCGAGCAUCAGAAACCCAAACUCCACAUCCUGCUUGCAUUUUCCUAGACGAGUGAUUGAUUCCUCAUGAUGGCCCUCCUCCUUUCAUUGCAAAAAUUUCUUUCUGGGUUAAUAUAUAUGACGGGUAGUGGACUUUCCACGUACUGCUCAAGCAUCCAUCCCCUUCCUCUCGCCCACUCCUCACCCGUUCAGCAACCCUGCUUGCUCAUUCCCGCGCCCAAGGAUCCUAUCCUGGUCUUAUCUCCAUCCCUAGGGGAGCACAUUUCAUUCCCCACAUCUGGAACCCAUCUCUACUCUCCCAAAUAAUACUCCUCCCUCCUUCCAGUUCUGGGAUUUGCAGCAUAU